UUUCUGGAAAGUGCUGAUCAUUUCCACGCGGAAGAUCCUUUGUGCGCUUUUUAGGUUUCUCCUUGUGGAGCGCUUGGAUUUGUAAUUUUUUUAAAAUUUGGUUACUCAUGAAAGACUUAAAGAGUUAUUCAUUCACCUUUUUUAAAAACUGAUCCAAGAAGAAGAAGAAGCAUGGAAUUUGUUAUUUUAUUUUCCCCCCUACUAUUUAUAAUAGAGGUUAAUGCAAUGAGUUAUGGUAUCACCAACAAUCUACAACCUCAUAUGCCCAAUGUGUGUGUGGAGAGGGCGGUGACGCUGGUCGCCCAGAGGCAGCCGUGUGUGCAGGCCUUCACACGCAUGGUUAAAGUGUGGAAGCAAGGCUGUGUGGGACAGUCAUGGUGCAUGGGAUACGAGAGGAGGACAGCGUACUACACUGCAUACAGACAAGUCUACAGACAGGAUUAUCAGACGGUGUACAAGUGUUGCUCUGGAUGGUCUCAACUUAAUGGAGAAGCAGGCUGUCUGUAUCCGGUGUGUCGAAAAGGUGUGUGCUUCAAUGGGGGCCAGUGUCGGGUCGGAUCCACCCAGCUGUGCGACUGUCCUGCAGGGUUCAACGGACCCAGCUGUCAGUAUGAUGAUAAUGAAUGUGAGGAGACCAAUGGCGCCUGUGAGGCUCUCUGCUGUAACACCAUUGGAAGUUACUACUGCAAGUGCCCUCCUGGACAAAAACUGAAUGAAGAUGGCAAAACCUGUCUAGAUAUCGAUGAGUGCCAGGUCCAUAAUGGAGGCUGCCAGCACAGAUGUGUGAACACCAGAGGCUCCUACUACUGUGAAUGCCACCCAGGCUCUCGCUUGCAUGUGGACGGCCGCACCUGCCUGGCGGUUCAUUCGUGUGCCAUCAGCAACGGAGGAUGUGAACACUACUGUAUGCAGCAGUCUGUCGUUCAUUUACGCUGUCGCUGCAAGCCAAACUACGUGCUGGCAGAGGAUGGCAAGCAUUGCAAAUUGCAGAAUCCCUGUGCAGAUGAAAACGGAGGCUGUAUGCAUAAGUGUCGGGUUGAUGGUGGGAAACCUCACUGUGACUGUAAAGCUGGAUACAUCCUGGCUGAAGAUGGGAAAACUUGUGCAGAUAUCGACGAAUGUGAAAUAGAAGAGGCCAACUGUGCUCAUGGCUGCCACAACACACUUGGCUCCUACGCCUGUGUGUGCAACGCUGCCUAUGAGCUGGGAUCUGAUGGGAAACAUUGCUUCAGAAUCGAGAUGGAGAUCGUCAACAGCUGCGAGAGCAACAACGGAGGCUGUGCGCACCACUGCCAACAUUCAACCAACGGGCCUGUUUGCUCCUGUAACCAAGGUUACGGACUAGAGGACGACCUCAAAACCUGUGCUGACUUCGAUGAGUGUGGAGAGCAGAGCUGCUGUGAGCAGAACUGCACCAACUAUCCCGGGGGUUAUGAAUGUUACUGCUCGGCAGGAUACCGACUCAACUCAGACGGCUGUAGCUGUGAUGAUGUAGACGAGUGUCUGGCCUCUAAUGGUGGUUGUGAUCACACAUGCCAGAACAUCGCGGGUUCCUUUCAGUGUUUCUGCCGCCGGGGUUUCCGUCUCGGCGAGGACCGGCAAUCCUGUAUCUCACUCGAAGAUACAGUUGAGGCCCUGUCCAGUGGAGGUGCCAUCGAGUUGCCCCUUAUUCAACCCCUGCUCACCUUGAUACAUGACUACAACCAACCCCUGGAGCGCUAUGACGACUAUGAAGACGACGAAGGGGAGCUGAGGGCCGAGAGUAACCUGGCAGAGAAAUUCGUGUGUUUGGAUGACACUUUUGGCAAUGACUGCAGUUUGACAUGUGACGACUGCUCUAAUGGAGGGAAAUGUAAUCCAUGGAGAAAUGGCUGCGACUGCCCUGAUGGAUGGAUCGGCGUUGUCUGCAACAAGACAUGUCCCGAGGCAUAUUUUGGUAAAAACUGCUCCUUCCCCAGUAAGUGUAAAAAUGGUGCCACCUGUGACCCCGUCAGUGGGAGCUGCCGCUGUCCUCCAGGGGUCAGUGGAGACGUGUGUCAGGAUGGCUGUCCUAAGGGCUUCUAUGGGAAGCAGUGCAAUAAGAAGUGUAACUGUGCCAAUAGCGGGCGCUGCCACCGCACCUACGGAGCCUGUCUCUGUGAUCCUGGACUCUACGGACGCUUCUGCCACCUCUCUUGUCCUAAGUGGGCCUUUGGCCCCGGCUGCUCUGAGGAGUGUCUGUGUGUCCAGCAGAACACUCUGGAGUGUCACCGCCGCCAUGGCACCUGUGUCUGUAAACCGGGUUACCAGGGCAACACCUGCAAGGAAGAAUGCAACCCAGGUACUUACGGAGCCACUUGUGAGAAAAAGUGCUCCUGUCCACCCGGUGUGUCAUGUGAUCAUGUGACUGGAGAGUGCCAACGGAAAUGUCCUCCUGGUCGUCAUGGAGAGAACUGUGAUCAGGACUGUCCAGCGGGAAGCUUUGGAGCCGGCUGCGUCCGUCCUUGUAACUGCAGCGGCGCCGCAUGUGACAACGUGACGGGACGGUGCAAGUGUCCAACGGGCACGUCAGGAAAGCGCUGUGAGAACUUGUGUCCCGAGGGACUGUGGGGAUCCGGCUGCACAGAGACCUGCCCUGUUUGUGAGAAUGGCGGCGUGUGUGACAAACACAACGGGUCAUGUAACUGUCCUCCAGGGUUCAUGGGCAGAUUGUGCCAGAACUCGUGCCCGACUGGACGCUUCGGUCAAGCUUGCCAAAUGAAGUGUGUGUGUGAGAACAAUGCCCGCUGUGAUCCGGUGAGUGGGCGGUGCACAUGCGCUCCUGGCUGGACUGGACACCACUGCAGGACAGGCUGUGACGCAGGGCACUGGGGGGAGGACUGUGCAGGCACAUGCGACUGUAGGAACGGAGACGGCAGCUGUGACGCGGUGACGGGCCAGUGCAACUGUGAGGCUGGUUACACCGGAUCACGCUGCCACCAGAAGUGCCCAUCAGCUAUGUUUGGUCUUGGUUGUCGCCAUCGGUGUCAGUGUGACAACAUGGCGUUGUGCGACCAUGUGAGCGGAGCUUGCACCUGCCAGGCGGGCUGGACUGGAACCUUCUGCGAAAAGCCGUGUCCUCAGGGUUUCUACGGACUGGACUGCCAGGAGAAAUGUUUGUGUCUCAAUGGCGGCAGCUGUGACCACGUCAGCGGAGUUUGCUUCUGUCGCGCUGGCUGGAUCGGUCCGUCCUGCAGCCGGACGUGCCCAACCGGUUUCUAUGGGGAAGGAUGUAACCAAACCUGUAGCUGCCGUAACGAUGGCGUCUGCCACCCGGCCAGUGGGCAGUGUGUGUGCACACCCGGCUGGACCGGGCCCAACUGCACAGAAGAAUGCCCUCCAGGGUUUUAUGGAGCAGGCUGUCGGCAGCGCUGCCUGUGUCAGAACGGAGCCACCUGUAACCAGAGCAACGGAAAGUGUUCAUGUGCCAGUGGGUGGAUGGGCACAGCCUGUGAACUCGAGUGUGUGGGGGGCCGGUUCGGGACGGACUGCCAGCAGCAGUGUGAAUGUGAGUCCGGUGGCCAGUGCGACCGACUGACUGGAUGCUGCCGCUGCAGCGGCGGCUGGACUGGAGAGCGCUGUGAGAAAGCAUGUGAACCAGGCCUGUUUGGUGCCGGCUGUGAGGAGAGAUGUCGGUGUGUGCACGGGGAGUCCUGUCACCACGUCACUGGAGCGUGCCACUGCCCACCGGGAUGGAGAGGAGCCCUCUGUGAUAAAGCCUGUCUGCCGGGUGCGUAUGGAAAGGGUUGCCGGCAGCACUGCGGCUGUGCUCCGGGCACGGCCUGCCACCACGUCUCUGGAGACUGUGGCUGUCCUCCUGGAUUCACGGGAAACGGCUGUGAGCAAACUUGUCUCCCAGGAACAUUUGGACAGAACUGUCACCAGGCGUGCCGGUGCUCAGAGACGAACCAGCUCUGCCACCCGGUGUCUGGAUUGUGUUACUGCGCCCCAGGUUUCCACGGUCCCAGAUGUGACCAACUGUGUGGAAACGGUCGUUAUGGUCCAAACUGUGAAAGCGAGUGCCAGUGUGAACAUGGAGGGAGGUGCAUUCCCUCCACUGGAGCCUGUGGAUGUCCAGCAGGUUUCAUCGGAGCACGCUGCAACAUCACGUGUCCAGCCGGGCGUUAUGGAGUCGACUGUGCUCGGGUGGCGCUGUGCGGAGACGGAGCCCAGAGUGACCCGCUCACCGGUCGCUGUAAAUGCAUCCCUGGUCGAAGAGGAAAGGACUGUGGACACGGCUGCCUUCCAGGCUGGUUUGGGGCGGACUGUGUUGAACGCUGUAACUGCAGUCAUGGUGGAGUGUGCGACUCUGUGACUGGCAGCUGUACGUGCAGUCUGGGCUGGACCGGCUCUCACUGCGAUGAAGAAUGUCCUGCGGGCAGGUUUGGUGCCAACUGUCGGCUGAAGUGUAACUGUCAAAAUAACGGCACGUGUGACAGAGUGACGGGGACGUGUCAGUGUGGCUCAGGCUACUAUGGACAUGUGUGUGAACAUGCCUGUCCUCCUGGUCUUCACGGCCCGCUGUGCCAGCUGCAGUGCGACUGUAUGAACGGAGCCUCCUGCCACCCGGCGUCCGGCCGCUGCGUCUGUCCUCCAGGAUACCUCGGAGCUCGCUGUCACAGAGUGUGUGAUCAGGGUACCUUCGGUCAUGGGUGUGCCAAGCUGUGUGACUGUGAAGAAGACUCUCCAUGUGAUCCCGUGAGAGGAAGAUGCCUCUGCUCCUCAGGGAAGACUGGACCUCGAUGUGACAUUGACUGCAGAGAAAACCGCUUCGGGCCGGACUGCGCUCAGACCUGCGAGUGCGGCAACGGGGCGCAGUGCGACACACGCAACGGCCGCUGCAGCUGCCUGCACAGCUGGAUCGGGCUCUCCUGUCAAGAAGGUGGACCUCCACCCAUCAGCUACAGCAGAAGAGGGGACUCGCAGCAUGGCAACUCGUUAUAGCACCGCCGUCCAGCUGGAAGACUCCAGCUAGGACAGGUCAGCCACGCUUCACUGAAGAGGCUCAAGGGAGUGAACGAUUGUGACAGGAAUGUAGCGGCUGGAGGAGAGACAUGGAACGAGACUCUGAUGAGAACCGCCGUGUCAUGUUUGGACCGGAGCUGGAUGAGACUUUUUACAAAGUUUUUUUGCGUGCCAAAGUGUCUUUUGAACUAUCAGCCGGACCGGCACCGUGGUACUUUGAGUAGUUUGUGGAUCACCAAACAGCGUCAGCAGAUUGUGGUUGCGUUUACUGCACUUUUGUUUUUUUGCGUUUGUUGCCCUUGAAAUACCCUUUGCAGGUACUGUGUAUAAAAUAAUUCCAUUUACAUUAUGAAGUACUACCCUCAGUCAAACGGUGCUUUACUGUUCAGUGCAACAAAGACUGUUGAUGUUCGUCUUAUUGACAGCUGGUAUUUUACAGUUCAUAUCACUAAACUACACAUUUAUUUGCACCUUCUUUAAGGUUGUCUAAAUAUUUUUCUUUGAAUUGAUUUUUUUAAUAAAUUGCUUCAUAUUUAUAUUUCU